CAGACAGACGGGCAGGCGGGGAGAGAGAGAGAGAGGGAGCGGGAGCCUCGCUGCCUCUCUCCACCCCCGCUGUGUGGCCGACAGCAGGCUGAAGACACAUAAAGACAACAAGAAAACACAAUCUUUAUCCGACCUACCGGUUUGGUGUGGGAUUACCUCUAUGUUAUAUGCCUGCAGGUUUGGUGUAAGGUUCAGUUGAUAGGAGAAAAAUGGAUCGUAUCACGCAGGAAGAUAUCAGGCCACAAACUGAGAGAGAGCUUACUUCACCACUCUCCCCCAAACGACCGAGGACAGAUUCAGAUUGUACACUGACUACUAACCACAGCGGUAAAAGCAGGUUGGACUUUCCAGAGCUUGUGAGAUUUCGGAAACCCAUCGGCUUCCCAUCACUAACAAGCAAUUUGAAGCACCUUGUGUGUGUAGCAGAAUCUGGAGUUAUCCAAGAUGUGCAACAUGACGCUAAAUUAAUUCUCAACCCUAUUACGAAGUUGACUACUCCACACGGUGACGGUGCACACACAGGAUCAUCUAAAACCUGUUUUAUCUCCGCUGAGAGACGCUUCCUACCUCUGGUUGAAGAUGAGCAGCCCCCAGUCACUGAAAGUGACAAGCUGAGCUCAAACCCAGUAGAUGAUGCAGUAGACGAUGAUACUGAAACUUCAGAAGACACCAGCGCUGACCCGUCCAGUCAUCCUGAUUGCAAAUGGCUCAGGGAAUCACUUGAAGCCAACCCCCCUGGUGGUUGCAAUUCUUCCAUUGGAAAUGGCGAAGACGAGAGACAAGAGCUAGAUAGUGUCAGUCAAAUCCAAGUAUUCACACAUAAUUCAGGUGAUGAGGAGGUCCGAUGUCAGUCUGAUUGCACUUGUGAAGGUACACUUCAUGACACAGGUUUCUGUGAUACAUGGAGCCAAUCUGGUGAAGUUGAAAAGAGUAAUCAGAUGGAGAACGGGCAUGAUUUUCGUGAGAACAGACCUUUCGGCAGAGAAAAGGAAGAGCGUGACAAUCCCAUGUCUUCCAGUGAUUAUGCAGACACGAAAUCAUUCUUCUCAAACCCUGAAGAGGAUCCCACUGGGAACCUGGCAGAAGGUGUAAAAAAUGAGGGGAAAAUAUUAGAAUUGCAGAUAUGUGAAAAUGAAAAUGUUGCCUUCUGUGAUGGGGAAACAAAGGGCCAAGUUAAUGAGAACAGCCUCAGCAAAAACUCCAUCCCUUCUGCUGCUGAAUGUGCCGAGGGAUCAGUUGUUUCAUAUGAUGUGGUAUUAGACAGAAAUAUUGCAACUGAGACUGUGAGUCUUGACGCUGAUGACUUCUGUGGGGUAAAAGAAGAUCAUGCUGCUGGCAAGAUGAUAGCCACAGCUCAGAGUGAAACAGCUGAUCACACAACAGAGACUCCAAUGCCGGCAAGAAUCAGUCAAGAGCCUGCUGAAGGAGAUAAUGAUGUAGGGCCUUUCAGUGUAAUUGACCCCACAAUCUGGAGUGAAAUUGACAGGGAGGCCGGAGAGAAACGCUGUAACUCAGAGAGCUCUGCAGGUGCAAAAUUAUCUCCAUCAGUAAAAGUCUGUGAGAUGGAAAUCCCUCUUCCACUCUGUUCAGGCGUCGGGCCGUCACAGGAGGCUUCAGCUCCAGACCAGACCUGGCAGUUUAAUCACCAAAACAGAACACAGCAGUGCACAGAUGAAGAAGAGGACUAUGCAGAACAACAGACUUGUGCCGUCACCACGAACGAAAAACACAACGAGACUGGUAAUGAAGGCGGCUGUCUGUGGAAAUCCAGCCCCAGCAGCAGUCCAGACCCUCCUCCUGCUGGGGAUGGAAGACAAGAAAGUCACAAUACUGUGGGACAUCAGUUAAAGGAGCAGGAUCAGUCUGGCUGUUUUCCUGUCAGUCUUGACACCCUGAAGACACAGGAGGUUGAAUAUGUAAUGACUGAAAUUUCUAGAAUGGACGCUGCAACUGAGAUUAAAGAGAGAGAAGAAAUAAGAACUGAUGAACACGGGAAGUCAGAAAACUUGGUGGACUUAGAGGAAUCAGCUGAUGUGUGCAUGGACUGGACAGAGGGUGAAACAAGUGAAUAUGGUGACAAAUCAGCACAUGAGGAAUUUGGAAGUAACCUUGAAUGCUUGUCUGAUCACGCAUACAGUGCUCUGAUUCAAACGAUGGAAGGGACAAAAGGGAGAAAGGAAGGAAAAGAAGAGGCAAGUGUUGGAGAAAGAACUGAUGGGCAAUGUGGCUCUGAGAUAUCUGUGGUUUCAGACAACGGUCGUCAACAACGAGGUGAACAGAGAGGAGACAUGACUGAGGCGUCACCUGAUGACUGUGUCAGAGAAUGGACAGAGGGCAACAUGAGUAACUGUGGAAACAAAUUAACCUCAGUUAGUCAACAUGAACCAGCAGACAAGCUCAGUUGUUUCUCUGAUCACCGACACAAAGCCGAGACAUUCAUGGUCGUCUCUUCCCCUGCAACUAGUGAUGCAGUUGUGCCAGGUCCGCAUGAAUUAAUCCCUUCGCAAAGCGCUGACAGCAGCCCCACAGCCCUAAAUGGUCAUGACAGAUUUUCCUCAGUACCAUCUGCCUUCACUUUCUGUGACCGUGUGCCAGAGGGGUUUGACACUUUCGAAAAGAUCCAGCUCUCACUGGAUGAUGAUGACGAUGAUGACGCUUACCCGAGUACCAGCCCUCUCAUCAGCAGCCUGCCCAGGCAGCUGUUGAAAUCACCCCAGCCACAACUUCAGCACUCCAUGCCAGAGGCAGAGAGCAAUGAGCACGAGGAGGCACCAGAAGAGGUGGGCGAGGGUGAGGAGGAAGUGGAAGGUUUCCAGUGUCACACUGAGAACAUGGCAAAUGGAUUUUUAAGCAGUGAUUACAGUUGCAAUGAACUCCCAAACUUUAUCUCAGCAGCAGAUGUUACUGCUUUCGAAUGGCCGGAGCAACAGCCCAACAGUGAAUCAACCUGUAAUUUCACUGAGUGCUUCCAGGAUGAGUCAAAGCUGCACUCGAUGUCCUCCACCAUUUCCUCUGAGAGCGAAAGUCCAGCCUCGGAUGUGAACCACCAAACUCGUUUUGAGAUGAAAAAACAUUUCGACAUGGUCUUAAAAGAGCUGAACUUGUAUUUUGAUAUCAGUAUGAGUGAUUUUGCGAGCGACAGUAAAGCGGCAGCACCUCAGCAGCGUAGUGAUGUAACUGAAUUCUCGGAGGACGACACUUCAAACUGCAAAGAACAGCUCAGCAGCCCAGGAGUGGGAUGCCACAUAUCAUCAGAUGAUGCUGAUGAAGAAAGCUGCCUGGACAUGUGCGGAGGUGGUCCAGUGGUUUCUUGCACCGCUGACUGCCGUGAUGGCGAGCAGGAGGUGCCGGUUGGCAGCCAUCUGUACCAGGAAGCAUCCAUGUAUACUGCAGAGAAACACAAAGAGCUCCAGGAGACGGAGCAGAAAAGGAAAAUGUGGUCUCCGUCCUUCAUAUGUCGACCAUCCUUGGAACAACUGAGCCACAGGCCACCAGAGCUGCACAGGAGACUGGAGCCUCUGAGAACGUGCACACGGCCGAUCCGGGUUGGGCUUUCAAAGAGAGCCAGGACCAAACAACUACACCAUCCUCACCCCUACAAAUGAACACCAUAACCUCGGCCAGGUGAUGUCCACAAGUCUUAAAGAAGCUCUUAAAGAGGACAUGAGUCGUGAAACUUGAUCGAUUCGUUCAUGUUCACUUUAAAAGCCGUCUUUGUUGCCAUGUUAUUCUCCGAGUUGCAGUUCAUGAUUGUUUUGUGCGUUCACUCGUUUGGUUUUUGUGAGCAGUUCCCGUCUCCCGUAUAUUUUAAAUGUCUUUUACUCAGCGAAGGUUGAAUCCACAAAAUGUCUCAUAAACACAUCGACCUGCAUCAUCUCAUGGGAGGUUUCCAUAUGAUCACAGUAGAUGAAAGUGCCUUGCCCACGGACACCCUGACAGUAAUUGCUGAUAAAAGAAAACUUACUUCCUGUCCACAUUUGAUCUGAAAGAUAUAUAACCCUAUAUUUGUUUAUUUAUUUAUGUAUUUGCUUGUUUGCUUCCCUGAUUGUGGUUUAGAAAAUGGUCUUAUUUAUAUACUCAGAAGUUUAUAGUAAUAUAUUAAUAUAACUACACAGUAAUACAACUAUAUUAUUGUUUUGUUUUAAAUACAUUGAUGUUUUAUUGAGCGUUGUUCCAUAUUUGGCCCUGGUGUGUUUCACUGUAGGUGUAUUGAUGCAUGCUUAGUGUUCCUGUUCUGUGUGGGUGUUUUUUCAGUAAAUGAGUAUCUUCACUUACUGUUGUGUUCACAUGUGCAGUAUGCAACAUAUCCUUGAGCAGUUCUGUGGGAGGUUAGCUGGAGUUGAAUUAUAAAACAGCCACUGAUUUAAUCUAAUAAAUGCAUAUCAAAUGUGUUUUUCAUGUAUGUACGUCUACAUGACGGAACCUUUAGGCAAAACAUAGUUCAGUGCCUGUUAUUUUGACAAACAAGAACAUUUUCGUACUUUCUGUUCCAUCACUUAGGAAACCCUGUGAUACUUCUGUAUUCUGUGUGUGUGUGUGUGUGACUGGUUUUUAUGUGAACUGUGGGCCGUCUUCCCCAGUACAACUUGAAUAUUAAAGACAUGGUUUAUAACUCA